AUGGUAUGGAUGGUUGGUUGUAUGAUGGGUAUGGGUCAUAGGAAGGGGCUUGGUGUGGAAGGGCUUUAUGAUACUAAAUCGAGUUGGAAAAAUGGCAUUCAUAAUUGCAUUGAAAGUUAUCUUCGUUCUCAAAUCUGUAUUGUUAGUCACAUUUUAGGUGAAAGUGAUAAAUACAAUGACAGUUACUUUUAUACUUCUAUUUGUGGUAUGGGCGGAAAUAGUAGUGAAAGCGAGGGUUCUUCCAUAAAAACAACUAUCACGAAUGAGAAUUUAACUAAAAGAGAGGAUUCUAAAGAUCUCGAUGAAACUCAAAAAUACAAGCAUUUAUGGAUUGAAUACGAAAAUUGUUAUGGAUUAAAUUAUAGGAAAUUUUUUAAAUCAAAAAUGAAUAUUUGUGAACACUGUGGAUAUCAUUUGAAAAUGAGCAGUUCAGAUAGAAUCGAACUUUCGAUUGAUCCAGGUACUUGGAAUCCUAUGGAUGAAGACAUGGUCUCUAUGGAUCCCAUUGAAUUUCAUUCGGAAGAGGAAUCCGAAUCCUAUAAGAAUCGUAUGGACUCUUAUCAAAGAAAGACAGGAUUAACUGAGGCUGUUCAAACAGGCACAGGUCAACUAAACGGGAUUCCUGUAGCAAUUGGGAUCAUGGAUUUUCAGUUUAUACUGAGUAGCAGGAGCAACUUUUAA